AUGAACCCGAUCGCAGGUUUUUCUGCAGUGUCCCAUCCCUUGCUCGCUUCGGAAGAGAACCUAGAUGAGGGGGUCGUCCAGUCACCGAUUGAUAACAGAGGGACAAAGGCAGCGCGCAGCAAGCCGAUAACCCACCGUGGUAGGAAUUAUUUCCAAGGCUGGAAAUUCACCAUUUUUGGAGCCUUCACAGCAAGCUUUAUUGUCCUGUUCUUCAACUUGGGGUUUCUACUCUACUAUGCCUAUCGAGCGCAGAUAAAGCACCAGAUCGGUACGCUUCUUUUCGAGGGUAACUGCGACGAAGUGCAUCGCUUGAGUACAGGGUUCCACCUUGUGAUAAACAUCUUGAGUACCACUUUGCUGAGUGCAAGCAACUUUGGAAUGCAAUGUCUAGCCGCACCAACACGGCAUUAUAUAGACCGAGCACACGAAAAUGGCCGCUGGUUUGAUGUUGGGGUUCCGAGUAUCCACAACCUUUCGAAGAUAUCCAGGAUACGCUUAUGCCUAUGGCUAUGCUUGGCGUCGUCAUCUCUACCGUUCCAUCUUAUGUACAACUCGGCCAUAUACUCCACGACGUCAGCUACCGCCUACGAUAUCUUCACCGGCCCAGAUUCUCUGGGGCAACAAGAGUUUUCCAGCCUGAAUUUGACGUAUUUCUACGACUUGGAUACGGGGGAAAACGCCUCUUUCCAUGAACUCUACUCAUCAGCCAAAAAUGGGAGCUUGCACCGCCUCAGCAACGAUGAAUGCAUUGCUGCAUUUGGAGUGACGUUCCAAAGUGCGUACAGAAGAUUACUGCUCGUCACCGAUGAUCCUGGCAGCAACGAUAUCUAUGAAUUUGUCUACGAAAAUAGUGUCUACCUUCCGAUUUUCAACACAAGACCAGGUACAAGCCCAUAUGCGUGGAUAUGUGGCAACUUAUUGCAAGAAACUCAUAACCUCUGUAAACGUUCGGACUCGCUUGAGAUUCUCCCGAGAUCACUCAACAAUGAUUGGCCAGUUGCUAUCCCAAAUGCUAAUAAUGUGGCUUCUGAUACUAUCGUCGAUGUCCAAUAUUGCAUGGCGGAGGCGAAUGACGGGUAUUGCAAGCUGCAGUAUUCAUUCCCGCUGAUUAUUAUCGUGAUAGCAUUCAAUUUGGUCAAGAGCAGUAUUCUAGCCUACAUGUGGCUCGGGAUCAGGAAUGCCCCCAUCCUGACUAUUGGAGAUGCCAUUGCGUCUUUCUUACAUCGUUCGGAUCGCCACUCGCGGAGAGGCUGUCUUUUGACCGGCCGCGAGGCUAGCUCGAGGAAUACGCCGACCCAGCCCUUACAUGAACCGAGAGCAUUUCGAGACACGCGGGUAAUAUGGAGCAAGGCUGCCUCUGGUCGCCGAUGGGCAUGGAGCAUAAUACUUUGGCUGACAGCAAUCGCCGUCUGCGUCGGGCUGUUGAUCUACGGACUGAGCGCGGCGGGUGGAACGUCAUCGAUCGACUGGCAACAGGCGCUCGGCUCGUCCACUUCGAAAACCAUCAUAUACGGCGAUAACUGGCCAAGCUCCUUGAUAUCAAACGUGUUGAUCGCCAACAUGCCUCAACUCAUUUUCUCAUUCCUGUACUUCGCUUUCAACGCGCUGAUUACGACGAUGACCCUGGCCGCUGAGUGGAGCGGCUAUGCCCAGCAGCGAAAGGGCCUCCGCGUCUCACAAAACCCGCAGCGAGAGCAGCGGACGAACUACUUCCUCUCCAUCCCGUAUCGCUAUUCAAUUCCCUUGUUGAUCACCUCCACCCUCUUACAUUGGCUCAUCUCCCAGAGCUUGUUUAUGAUUGGAAUCGAAGCGUUUGGAAGCGAUGGGUUGCGCGCCGCUGCAAGCGAUUUCAUCACCUGCGGCUGGUCCCCCGCGGGGAUGGUCGGUUCUAUCGUGGUCGGCUUGGUGAUGGUCUUGGGCGUGUUCUGUCUUGGGCGCCGGCGUUUCGAGUCUGCCAUGCCAGUUGCAUCGAGUUGCAGCCUCGCGAUUACGGCGGCAUGCCACCCGUCAUUUGAUCCGAACAUUGACGACGAAAGUAGAACCAGGUACGACGGAGCAAACUGGGACUCAGAGCUGGAGGAGGAAGACCGGUCACUCGCACGAGUCAAGUGGGGCGCUGUGCCUGUCAAUGGUCCCAUCGGUCAUUGCACGUUCACCGAUGGCGACGUCGAGAUGCCUCGGCAGGGAGAAUUAUACCAGUAG